CUCUGCCUAGCUCCUUAUAGUGCCGGGCGGGAGGCAGGAAUUCUGACUGAGUGGUACGGACAUCGCCGCCGGAGACCACAAACACGGUCUCAUGAUCGACAACUCUUUCAAUCAGUUGUCCAGGCUUGCAGGAUCAAGGCGACUGCACGUCCUCCUACACUUAAAGCAAAGUGCUGAGUGACAGUGGAUCUGAAGGUGAACGUCAGUGAAAGGUUUUGAGGAAACGCAGCUGACACUGACAGAACUCCCACAGAGGACGAGCCAACAGAUUUUGACCAAAUGAUCCUCUGAUCUGACAUCAUGCAUCAGCUGUCUGUGACUUCUCUAUUCGUCUGUCUGUGGCUGGUAGAGCACAGCCAUGGCAACAGCAGCUUGGGCAACAGCCUCAAUGAUCUGCACACACACUUUGGUGUCAGCCUUUACCAAACACUAACAGAGACAGAAAACAACUCCAACCUGAUCGUGUCUCCGGCCAGCAUCUCGUUGUGUCUGGGCCUUCUGCAGUUAGGUGCCAGGGGGAACACUCUAGCACAGCUUGCGGGAACUCUGGGCUAUGAUGUAAACGAUGUUCGUGUCCAGGAUUUUCUUUCUCGGCCACAAGGAGACCUGGGUAAUUCCAGUAAGGGCGUGCGGCUUGAGCUUGCCAAUGCUUUAUUUGUCCAAAGUGGUGUGAAACUCCUGCCAGAGUUUACUCAGCAUGCCCUGGGAUGGAGUAACAGCAGUCUACUGAGUAUAAACUUCAGUAAUUCCAACCACACUCAGCUACAGCAAUGGGCACGCUACCACAGUAAAUCUGAUGACCACCUUCAGGCAAGAGAGAAGCAACUGCAGUCUGGUGAACCACAGGAAGAGGCCUCCAGGCAGGAUAUUUUGCCACACAUGACUCUACUGAGUACAGUGCUGUUCCAGGGUGCCUGGCAGAAACAAUUCCUCUUCACAGAGACUCAGAACCUGCCCUUCACCCUUUCUGAUGGCAGCACUGUCAAAGUGCCAAUGAUGUACCAGUCAACCGAAGUCAACUUUGGACAGUUUCGCCUGCCUUCAGAUCAGCAAUACACAGUAUUGGAACUGCCGUACCUGGAUCGCUCACUCAGGCUAUUUGUGGCAUUACCUAGUGACCGGAAGACUCCUCUGUCCCAUCUGGAAUCGCAGCUCACAGCCCAUGCUGUGGGACUAUGGGAUAAUGGAUUAAGACGAACCAAGAUGGAUAUAUUUUUGCCCAGGUUUAAAAUGGAGAGCAGGCUCAAUUUGAAGCCUGUUCUACAGUCUCUUGGUAUCUCUGACAUCUUCAGCCCUUCAGCAGCAGAUUUUAGAGGCAUCUCAGAUGAGGAAGGACUUUUUGUAUCCGAGGCUUUCCAUGAGGCAAGAAUACAGGUGACAGAGGAAGGGACAAAAGCAGCUUCAGCCACAGCAAUGGUGCUAUUGAAAAGAUCUCGUGCAGCAGUUUUUAAAGCAGAUCGACCGUUUCUCUUCAUCUUACAACAAAUCAGCACAGGUUUAUUGCUGUUUAUAGGUCGAGUUUUGAAUCCAGCCGAACAGAUGUCUUGAGAAGAUACAUGCAAUCACAUCUGCUUGAAAUUACGAGCACACACACACACAGGAGUCCUAUUUUAAUAAACACUUUAAUUCAAAUGGUUUUGCCAGCUCAGCACACCCCCACCUCCCUCAUGGGCGUAGGGGAUGAGAGGAGUAUCUGAGGACUAUUAUGAGGGUCCACUGACACGUCAGGAAGAGGGACAAGACUUUUGUACAUAUCUGUAAAUAAAAUUUUAUUACAUCAGGGUUUUUUUGCACUUCAAAGUGUCUGCUGUCAUUUAUUUCCUCUACCCUCAAUAAAUUCCCACAUUUUCAGUGGAUAUUUUGGUUACCAUCAGUUACUGUUCAAAUUCAUUCGAUUUUUCAACUUUAAAUCCAUGGUGUUUGCCCACGUGCUAAUUUUCAUUUGCAUUAAGCGGUCUAUGAAUUCUAAUGUAACAAGGAAGGGGUGAAUAAGUUUAACAUUGCAAUCCAUUACAUAUGCAGACGCACAAGGACAUUAAAUAAGUUUG